UCUCCAGCAAGGCAUCUCUGAGCCGCGGCAGCCGGCGAUCCCGCGGUGAAGAGCCUCGGGCGCGGCCUCGCUUCGACCGCAUCAGCACCGCGGACAGCACAGCGCCUGCCCCACAGGACCUAGGCGCGGAGGACCCACCUGCCCACCCGCGCCCAGGCCCGCGGCGUCCGCAUCAGCACCGCGGACAGCGCCCGGGCCCCAUCUCGUCGCCGGCAGCCCACCUACUCCCUGAGUCAGCGCCGCGGACAGACCCCCAUCGACUGGCCCCUCAGCAGGCUCGGAGCGCUCAGCGCCCCCGGAAUAUGGCCACCGAGGUCCACAAUCUGCAGGAGCUCCGGCGAAGUGCCUCGCUGGCCACCAAGGUCUUUGUCCAGAGAGACUACAGUGACGGGACCAUCUGUCAGUUCCAGACCAAAUUCCCCCCAGAACUGGACAGCCGGAUUGAGCGGCAGCUCUUUGAGGAAACUGUGAAGACCCUCAACAGCUUCUACGCGGAGGCUGAGAAGAUUGGGGGCAGCUCCUACCUGGAGGGCUGCCUGGCCUGUGCCACAGCCUACUUCAUCUUCCUCUGCAUGGAGACCCACUACGAGAAGGUUCUCAAGAAGAUCUCCCGCUACAUCCAGGAGCAGAAUGAGAAGAUCUUUGCCCCUCGAGGCCUCCUGCUCACGGACCCUGUGGAGCGGGGGAUGAGGGUUAUUGAGAUCUCCAUUUACGAGGACCGGUGCAGCAGUGGCAGCUCCAGCAGUGGCAGCAGCGGCAGUGGCAGCAGCAGUGGUGGGGGUGGUGGGGCGGGGGCCCGGUGACUGGCCGAGAGUCCCUGCAGAGAGGUAUACGGCCGCGCAGAGGGCCUUGCAGACCUGCGGAGGCUGCGUUACCAGAGCACUCGCUUCUGACUAUUCUCUGGGCCCACCUGCUACCCUGAGGCGGGAGGGAGGGAGACUGGCCUAGUGUUUCCCGCAGGCCAUCAACCUGCGACGCCUGCCCCCAACCCCUUGGCAGGAUGGUCCACUUCCUGACCUGGCUUUUCCCCAUGAGGCUGGUCUGGGUCACGCGGAGGCUGGGGGUGGGGACAAUACAAGUUGGACGGCUCCUUUAUUCUGUGGCUCCUCUCUCGGCACCACAGAUGGGGCCCAGGUCUGUCACCUAGAGAAUUCCCAUCCUGCAUGAUUUCUCACCCCAAAUCCCACCACCACCAGGACUCUCUUCCCUUGGGGCCCUGCUUCCCGUGUCUGUCUUCCAAUAUCUGUGCUUCCUGAUGCCACCAAAGGCCUCUGUCUAUCUAUGAUCCUGCCUCCACCGAAUUCGAGGUCUGGGGAUAUGGGAGGGGUCCGACUAUGGGCGCCGUGGUGAGCUGUCCAGCCCCCUCCUGGCCUCUUCUAGACCACCCAAAGCUUCCCUGCUCUCCACCCAAAGCCUGAAGCCAUCUUGGCCUUGCCAAGAAGCAUCUAACUCCUGAGUCUUGGAAAGCCACCAGGUGCUGGUUGUGGGACACGCAGCCCGGGCUCUGGGAGGUUAUGUGGGGGACUGGAGAAAUGCUUCAUGGAGAGAUAUAGACUUGGGGGGUUGACCCUCGAGAACCGGAGCCAAGUUCCUGAGAUUAGAACCUGCACAUACGUGAGAAUAAGUGUGUAUGUGCAUGUAGGCGCUUGUGUGAGUGCGCUAUUACAUAAAUAUACGUGUGUAUGUGUGUGAGUGCCGUGUGCAUGCACCUGUGUGUGUGUACACACGUGUGAGUGCACCUGUGUGAGCGUAUGUGUACACACGUGUGAGUGCAUGUGUGUGUGAGAGCGCACUUGUGUGCUCUCCUUGGCUGCUAGACCAAUGACUGCCCCUCUCUGCAUCCUGUCUUAUCUCCAUGAGCGCUGGUCUGUGGCUGCUUCCCUGCAUGGGUCCAGCCUGUCUCCCUGUCAAUAAGAGUCCUCAUGCUCCUUGCCCCAUGCCUGAGGCUGCCAGCUUGGCUCUUCGUCCUCGUCCUUCCCCCACCUGGAAGGUUCUCCCCACCUUCUGACGACUGUGCACAUUCUAGUAGAAGAGAAGUUGUUCUAGGAGAGCAGUCAACCUUGCAGGGCCUUCUGUGCCCCUUUCCGAGCCCCCCAUGACAAGGCAACAGGGCCACAGAUGCUACAUGGUAAGCCUGCCCAGGCUCUGGGCUCUCCAAGGCUUCCUUAGAUGUUCAAAGGAGCUGGCAACACGCAGGGGGAAAGGCAAACUCCUUUCUUGAAAGGAAGGAGAGGCAUCCAGGCAAUGAGUUCCUGGCUGCUGAGGCCCAGGGGGCCCGUGGGCAGGAAGCUGCCCCAUGCUGGUGCCUGAAGAUCGACAGAAGGAGGCUGCCUGCUUCAGCUGGCACGAGGUGCUAGAAGUGGAUACGACAGACCAGUCGCUGCAGGUAGCUUUCUGGAACCAAAGAGGGGCCUGAUUUUCUUUUGCACACAGGAGCAGUGUGUGGGGAGGAGGUGCCUCCCAGGGAGCCGGAGAGGGUGGCCUAGCCCCUGAGCCUAAGUGGGCCCUGGACCAAGACUCGCCCUAGAGAGUUGCAUCUCAGUGGGCUCCGCCACAAUCCCCCAAACCCCUGGACCCUGCCUGUGCCCAUCCUGGCUUCCUGUGUGGUUGGGCCUUGUGUCUGACCUGUGCCUCUCCUGUGGGAUGGCUGGGCACAGGUAAUGUGGUGCCCUUUUAUUUUAUUAUUUCUUUUUUCAAUAAAAGGACUUGCCUAACCUA